AUUUGUUCAACUCAAAACCCUGAAAAACCCUUCUCAAUCUCUUCUCUUUCUUCUCAAAAUCGUAAGAUCUACCAAGAAAGAGAAGAACCCAUUUUCCUGAUUUUCAAUCAUCUGUUCCGCAAACUCGAAAAAAACUAAAAAAUGGAUACGAUGGACACAAAUCAAAGGCGAAAGAGCGGGAUCAAUCUCCCCUCUACAAUGACUGAAUCAUCACUCCGUUUACAAAACUUCACACCCUCUUCGCCUUGCACUCCAAUUCGCAAUGCCUCGAGUUUUCUAGCUUCCCCAAGAACAAUGUCACCAAGAACAAUUUCUAAUUUAACGUCUCCAUCGAAAUCAGGGUCUUGUAGUGACAGGUUCAUACCGUGCAGAUCAUCGUCGAGGCUGCACACGUUCGGGCUAAAUGACAAGGCCUCGCCGCUUAAAGAAGGGGGGAAUGAGGCGUACACGAGGUUACUGAGAAGUGAGCUGUUUGGAUCUGAUUUUGGGUGUUCUUCUCCUUUUGCAGGUAAUGUCAAGGGGUCUGGAGGGGGAUCACCGAUGAGUCCGGGGAGCGGGAAUAUGUUGAGGUUUAGGACGGAUAAUACGGGGGCUAAUUCGCCUUAUUCGGCUUCCAAUUUGGGGCAUGAUGGUGGGUUUUCGAGUGAGUCUACGACGCCAACUAAGCCGCUUAGGAAGGUGCCCAAGACUCCCCAUAAGGUUCUUGAUGCACCUGCCCUCCAAGAUGACUUCUACUUGAACCUUGUUGACUGGUCCUCCCAAAACGUGCUUGCUGUUGGAUUAGGCACAUGUGUUUAUCUGUGGACUGCAACGACCGGUAAAGUGACAAAGCUGUGCGACUUGGGACCUAGUGCUGGUGUGUGCUCAGUUCAGUGGACUAAAGAGGGUUCAUAUAUCUCCAUUGGAACAAGCCUUGGUCAAGUUCAGAUAUGGGAUGGAACACAGUGCAAGAGGGUUCGAACUUUGAGUGGACAUCAAACAAGAACCGGGGUGCUGGCCUGGAGUUCACGCAUUUUAUCUUCUGGAAGCAGAGACAGGAAUAUCCUUCAGCAUGAUCUUCGCGUAUCUAAAGACUACAUCAAUAAACUUGUUGGCCAUAAGUCAGAGGUGUGUGGUCUGAAAUGGUCUCAUGAUGACCGGGAACUUGCAUCUGGAGGCAACGAUAAUCAGCUACUGGUAUGGAAUCAGCAUUCUGAGAAACCACUCCUAAAACUGACAGAGCACACGGCUGCAGUUAAGGCCAUUACCUGGUCACCUCACCUGAGUGGCCUUCUUGCAUCUGGUGGUGGAACGGCUGAUCGUUGCAUUCGCUUCUGGAACACUACAAGUGGCAAUCAGCUAAAUAGCAUCGACACCGGGAGCCAGGUCUGCAAUCUGGCAUGGAGCAAGAAUGUGAACGAAUUGGUUAGCACCCACGGGUACUCGCAGAAUCAAAUUAUGGUUUGGAAGUAUCCAUCAAUGGCCAAGGUUGCCACCUUAACUGGCCAUAGUCUGAGGGUACUCUAUCUUGCCACAUCGCCUGAUGGUCAGACAAUAGUGACUGGAGCAGGAGAUGAGACGCUGCGCUUUUGGAAUGUCUUCCCAUCCAUGAAAACACAAUCACCAGUGAAGGACACUGGGCUAUGGUCUCUGGGAAGGACAAGCAUUCGGUAACAGAACUCAGUGCACUGGAUAUAUAUGUAUAUGCAAUGGAUGAUGUGUCCUACUCUGUACAAAGCAUCGUCCACAAUGUAAAGACUUUUUGUUCUUUUUGCCAUUUUACCUCUUCAGCACAGACAGAAACAAGUGUGAUAGAGUUUACUUUGUGAAAGAAAGAUAUAUAGUGAAUUAUACAAUAGAAAUACUUCCUUUUCAAGGGUUUGUAAAGUUUCAGCAGCAGUAGACUGUUUAUAUAUAAAAAUUUUUUGUUGUUGUUUGUGAGAA